GACCGGGACAUGCGCAAGGGUGCCUUUCACCACCAGACUCUAGUGGACCGCGGCCUCCUGCCUUGGGUGGCAGCGUGUCCGCCCUGUCCCUUCUCUCGCUUCCCGCUGCUGCCAAGGAUCAAGAGGGCGGCCCCCUCCCCGCUCCAGGCGGAGCCGGCCAUGGCGAGGCACUUCGGGGGCAUUCAGAUGGGCGUCUAUUUGGAAAUCAAGCGGAGCGACGGGCGGAUCCACCCGGCCGUCGUCACGGCGCUGCACGAGGACUCCGGCAGCGUGACGGUGGAGUGGUUCGAGCAAGGGACCAACAAGGGCAAGAAGGUGGAGCUCGGCCUCGCCUUCGCGCUCAACCCCCAUUUGGCGCCGCAGGGGACGCCCUCGGAUCAAGGCGAUCGCCCCGGCUCGCCCGCCAACUACGUCGUGACCCCCAUCGCGAAGGAAAAGCCGAGCGGGGACAACGCGGACCGCGAGCCCAAGAGGGCUCCCUCGGUGGGGACGGCGGGCAGGGACAGCCCCGGCGCCGGGCGCAAGUCGCCCUGCGUGCUGGAGGUGGAGCGCCUGCGCGAGCGGCGGGAGAAGCGCCACCAGGAGGUGCUGGAGCAGCGGGCCCAGCGCGAAGCCCACGCCCGGCACCCCCACGCUGACGUCAUCGCCAUGAUCGACGACUACCGCCACGCCUUGGAGCGGGGCGGGGCCGCUUUCGUGGCCCAAAGUUGCCCGCCGGAGGCCAGCCGGGGCGCGGCAGCCAGUCACGCCCGCAAGAUCUCGGUCUGCGUGCGCAAGAGGCCGCUGAGCCAGCGGGAGGCCGACCUGCAAGACUUCGACGUGGUCACCAUCCCCUGCCCAGAUGUGGUGAUGGUACACGAGGCCAGGCAAAAGUUCGACCUCACGCGUUACCUGGAGAACCAGACCUUUCGCUUCGACCACGCUUUCGACGAGCGCGCCUCCAACGAGAGCGUUUACAAGCACACGGCCCAGCCGCUCCUGGAGACUAUCUUCCGGGGGGGCAUGGCCACCUGCUUCGCCUACGGGCAAACCGGCAGCGGCAAGACCCACACCAUGGGGGGUGACUUCUCUGGCAAAAAGCAGGAGCCUUCCAAGGGGAUCUAUGCCAUGGUGGCCAAGGAUGUGUUUGGGAUGCUGCAGGAGCCCGCUUACAAGACACUGGAGCUGCAAGUCUUUGGGGCUUUCUUCGAGAUCUACUGGGGGAAGGUCUAUGACCUGCUCAACUGGAAGAACCAGCUGCGGGUGCUGGAGGACAGAAACCAACAGGUUCAGGUGGUUGGGCUGCUGGAACAAGAAGUGCUCUGCAUGGAGGAUGUGAUGAAGCUCAUUGAGAGAGGGAACAGGUGCCGGACCUCCGGACAGACCUCUGCAAACACCCAUUCAUCACGAAGCCACUCUGUUUUUCAGAUCAUCCUCAAGAGGAAAGGGAGGCUGUAUGGGAAGUUUUCCUUGAUUGAUUUAGCUGGCAAUGAGAGAGGAGCAGACACUUUCAGUGCAGACAGGCAAACCAGGCUGGAAGGAGCAGAGAUCAACAAGAGUCUCUUGGCACUGAAGGAAUGCAUAAGAGCCUUGGGGCGCAAUAAAGGCCACACUCCGUUUAGAGCUAGCAAGCUUACCCAGGUGUUGAGGGACUCAUUCAUAGGGGAAAACUCAUGCACUUGCAUGAUUGCCACCAUUUCCCCUGGGCUGAAGUCGUGUGAACACACACUCAACACUCUGAGAUACGCCAACAGAGUGAAGGAACUGUCCCUGGACCCAAAUGCUUUCAAACAAUUCCACGCUAUCGCACCCAGAUCUGUCUAUCAACCUGAUGACUUGGCAAAGUCAUGGACCAUCCAAAGCUUGCCUGAGACAGACGAGUUCAAAGUCUUUUGCGUUCAGAAGGAGGACCAGGUCUCACCACAGACACUUACGUUCAUUAGCAGACAGAAAGGCCAGAAGAAGAGGAAGGGGAUUGAUGAGAGAAUGCUGCUGGAGGACCACCAGGAUUCUCUCGAGUGGCUGAAAGCAUUCCUCAGCAUAGCUGAAGAAAUAGACUACGACAUAGAUUUUUAUGCAGCACAGUUUGAAGCCGUGCUGGCCAAGAAAAUCGCCAUUCUGUCUGAGAUCCAAGAUAAAUUGAAAUCUUUCCGCUCAGAUCUUUGCAACAAAGAACUAGGGAAUGGGCAGGUAGCUGUGAAAAGAUCUCGCAUUCUAUGAAGGGAGGCUUCCGUUCCUCAUAACGCUAUGGAGCUACGUCAGUUUUACGGCAGAGUGGGAUCUACCCACUUGACAAUUCUAAAACUAAAUCCUUAAAAUCAUA